AUGGAUCCUCUGCGCAAAAAAGAGACGCGGACAACUUCGAGGGCGGGGGUCGCCACCCCCAAGAUUUCGGCGCAAAGUUCGAAGGGCGCCGGGACGAAGACCUCGCCGACGAAGCCCACCCAGAGGAAGCCCAGCGAGUGUUUGGUUGUCCCUGAAGUUUCCCGGCCCAACCAGCAGAAUUGCGGCCCCACCAGGGCGUCGGGAUCACAGCGGAAGAGCAACCUGGAACCCCAGGAGAGACCUCAGGAACGCGCGCGGAGUGCACCCACCGAGAAGGCGCUUCUGAGCGCUGUAGCCGAGGUGGACAGGCCGGCGGAUCUGCCCGCCGGGCCAGAGCUUCCCGCCGCCCCGGAGCCCCCCCUUCCCAGGGCCGGAUCUCGCCGGAACCCGGGCGCACGCCCCAAGAAGGCGCCCGUGAGUGCUGAGAUCAACUUGGAUGCACUGGCGAGUCCACCCGAGGGGCCGGAUCCUCCCGCGGCCCCAGAGCCGCCCCUUCCCAGGGCUGGAUCUCGUCGGAACCCGGGCGCACGCCCCAAGAAGGCGCCCGUGAGUGCUGAGAUCAACUUGGAUGCACAGGCGAGUCCACCCGAGGGGCCGAAUCCUCCCACGGCCCCAGAGCCGCCCCUUCCCAGGGCUGGAUCUCGUCGGAACCCGGGCGCACGCCCCAAGAAGGCGCCCGUGAGUGCUGAGAUCAACUUGGAUGCACAGGCGAGUCCACCCGAGGGGCCGAAUCCUCCCACGGCCCCAGAGCCGCCCCUUCCCAGGGCUGGAUCUCGUCGGAACCCGGGCGCACGCCCCAAGAAGGCGCCCGUGAGUGCUGAGGGCAACUUGGAUGCACAGGCGAGUCCACCCGAGGGGCCAGAGCUUCCCGCCGCCCCGGAGCCCCCCCUUCCCAAGGCCGGAUCUCGCCGGAACCCGGGCGCACGCCCCAAGAAGGCGCCCGUGAGUGCUGAGGGCAACUUGGACGCACAGGUGAGUCCACCGAAUCCUCCCACGGCCCCAGAGCCGCCCCUUCCCAGGGCUGGAUCUAGCCGCCGUGGGGGCGCACGCCCCAAGAAGGCGGCUCCCGGCGCUGAGGAAGUCUUGGAAGGACUGGCGGUUCUGUACAAGGGGCAGGAGCCUCCCGCAGCCUCCGAGCGGCCACUUCCCAGAGCUGUAUCUUGUCCUGAGGGGGGCACGCACUCCACUCUGGAGCGGAGACCUCGGUCCAGGCCCACGGAGGUUCCCGUCCACGAUUCGCUGGUCCCAGCCUCUAGUGUCCACCAGAGGGAGGCGGCGCCUGGCGCCUGGAAGCCCCGGGCGGUUCUGGAGAAGUUGAGGCUACGCCGCGAGGAAAUCUCAGUGGCGGCGGAGGUUGUAAACAGGAUCGUCGGCCACCUGCAACGAAGUAUGCAGAGCUGGAAGUCCGAGUUCAAAGGUGUCGCGCUGCUACACGCGGGGAGCUACUAUGAGCAAGUGAAGGUUUCUGCACCUAAUGAAUUUGAUGUUAUGUUUGAACUGGAAGCCCCCAGAAUUAAGCUAGAAGAAUAUCGCAACAGUGGUUCUCAUUACUUUGUGAAGUUCAAAAGAAAUCCCAGAGGAAAUCCUCUGAAUGAGUUUGUAGAAGGGGAAGUAUUAUCAGCUUCUAAGAUGCUGGCCAAGUUUAGGAAACUCAUUCAGGAAGAAAUAAAAAAAAUUGAUGAUACAGAUGUCAUUGUGGAUAAGAAGAAAAAAGGGUGUCCUGCUGUAACACUUCUUAUUAAAAAACCUCAAGAAAUAUCUGUGGAUAUAAUCUUGGCUUUGAAAGUACAAAGCAGCUGGCCAGCUAGUACCAGGGAAGGCAUGCCCAUCGAUAACUGGCUUUCACGAAAAGUUAAGAGAAGUCUAAGACAACAGCCAUUUUACCUGGUACCGAAGCCCGCAAAGGAAGGAAAUACUUUUCAAGAAGACACAUGGCGGCUAUCCUUCUCUCACAUUGAAAAGUACAUUUUGAAAAAUCAUGGAGGCUCUAAAAAAUGCUGUGAAAAAAACGAAAAUAAAUGCUGCAGGAAAGAUUGUUUAAAACGAAUGAAAUAUCUUUUAGAACGAUUGAAAGAAAAGUUUGGAGACCAAAAGAAACUGGAUAAAUUCUGUUCUUAUCAAGUGAAAACUGCCUUUUUUCACGUAUGUGUCGAGAACCCAUGUGACAGUCAGUGGCAGUACAAAGACCUGGAGCUCUGCUUUGAUAGAUUUGUGGAAUACUUUCUUCAGUGCCUCAAGACAGAGCAUCUUCCGCAUUUUUUUAUUCCUGCAGUCAAUCUACUUUCUCCAGACAAAAUUAACAGAACAUGUAAAGAAUUUCUGUCAAAAGAAAUUGAGUAUGAAAGAAACAAUGCAUUUCCAGUUUUUGGUAAAUUUUGAAGAAAAAAAAUUAUAU